UCUUUGAACUUGACAACAAUGAUAAUAUUUCUACAGUUGUAUAAAUAACGGGAUCUAUUAGUUGUGCCGAUACAAAUUAAACUAGAAACCCAAUCACAAUGAACUUCGUCUGCGUAAUCUUCAUUUUAGUGGCCAUAAUAGGCGCACACGGUUUAAGUGAACAACAGACUGAGAAGCUAAACCAACUUAGCAAGGAAUGUCGUGCCUUGACCGGAGUGUCUCAAGAAACUAUCACUAAUGCACGCAACGGUAAUUUCGAGGAGGAUCCCAAACUCAAGCUCCAAGUCCUAUGUAUUGGAAAAAAAGUGGGAAUAAUGAACGAAUCUAGCCAAAUUGACGAAAACGUGUUAAAAGCCAAACUGAGGAAAGUGUCUGAUAAUGACGAAGAAGUCAAUAAAAUUUACAACAAAUGUGCGGUCAAAAAACCAGCUCCUGAGGAAACAGCCUUUGAAACAAUAAAAUGCGUCAUGAAGAACAAGCCAAAGUUUUCACCAGUUGAAUGAUUUGUGUUGGCGUUCUAAUGAGGAAGUUUGGAGCUCUCGUGCUAAUGUGUUUAGUUGUAUGAAAUAAAAGCUUGUAAUGGG